AUGUCGACAAAUGAAGAUUCUGGUGCCUUUAAAUGUACGUUGUGUACUAAAUCUUUUGAACAACAAGAACAUCUUGAUCUUCAUAUAAAAUGGCAUAAUGGUUGUAGACCUUAUUCCUGUAAAGAAUGUGGAGCAAAAAUGAAAUACAAAGGCAGCUUAACAGUCCAUAUGAAGCUGCAUAACACUGAACGACCUUAUAAAUGUUUGAAUUGUGAAAAAUCAUUUUCAAAAUACAGUUAUUUAGAGCGUCAUCUGCGAGUCCACACAGCAGACAAACCGCACCCAUGUGAUGUUUGUGAGAAGACAUUUCGUGAGAAGGCACACCUAGCAGCACAUGCUCGAACUCACUCAGGAGCACGACCAUUUAUUUGUACGGAAUGUAAAAAAUCAUUUCGUUAUCGGUCUAACCUUGCAGUACAUAUGCGUACCCAUAACGGAAUCAAGCCGUAUAAAUGUUGUAACUGCGAGAAAUCCUUUGCUGAGUCCAGUAACCUCGACAGACAUUUGAGAAGUCACGAAGGAUCCAAACCAUUCACAUGCGAUAUUUGCCAAAAACAAUUUACUCAGAAAUCAAGCCUGAUUGUGCAUAAACGAAUGCACACUGGAGAAAAACCGUUCCAAUGUACCGUCUGCAAACGUGGCUUUACCAAAUCUGGUGACCUAAACAGACAUUUUAAAAUACAUUCACGAGAUAGACCAUUCCAUUGUUAUGAAUGUGGAGAAAGAUUUGCUAUGAAAGCAAAGUUAAUGGCUCAUUUGAAGAUCCAUACUGACAAACCUUAUGAUUGCGAAUUGUGUGGUAAAGCAUUUACGACUGCACGCGAAUAUAACUGUCAUAUGUUCGAAGAACACGAAAAGAAGGAUACUAAAGAUACUACGGUUGAAUAUGAUAGUGAGACCAAUAUUGAAACUGGUACUAAUGACGAUGAGACCAAUAUUGCAACUGGUAUUGAUGAUGAUGCCAAAACAGUUGAAAAUCUUAAUGAAUUAGAAAAUGCUCAAACUGUGUUGUGUGAUACUGUCCAGUAUGAAGAUUGUGAGAAUAUUGAAGUGGCACAGACUGAAUAUGUUAUAUCAAUUGAAUGCGAAUGA